AUGGCAAUUACAUAUUUGGGGUUACCAACCCUCCCUCAGGGCUUGGUCGAAGUCAUGCUCACAACAGAUUUAAACACUCGACACCAUUUCAUUUCAGCUUUGGGCCUGCAGGGCGCCCUCUCACUUCGAGCCACCUGUCGCACGGCAUCCUCGCUGAUUGACCCGCUAAUGUCAGAACCUCUCGAGAUAAUAAUAAAAUUCAAGCCAGGUUCCACUGGCAACAACUUCUGCGUAAACUCUGUGUCCGGCGCGCUGAGCAUCCUUGCCAAGUGGCCCCGAUGCACGCGCCUGGCGUUGACUGCGCUUGCAAGCCCUGCACCUCGCAGCUGCUGCAAUCCCCAUACCGGUGCUCGCAACAGCUGCAUCAGCAACUUUGGCAUGGACUGCGUGCAGGUGCCCUUCCUGGAGGCAGCUGCGCGCGGACAUGUGCUCCCGCACAUCACCAGUUUCCACCUUCACGCGGAUGCCUCUCCCCCUUCUGCUCCUAAACCCACCAAGCGCCUCAACAAACAAGAAACUCCCGAACGUCACCAGCAAACCAUCUCCCCGCGCCCGGAGGCCACAUCUACCCCAGCAGCUCUUAAGCCAUCUGACCUGCACCCUGAUUUCUCUCGGGGAAUCUUCGACAGCGGCCGUGGCUAUCAUCACAGCAACCAACAACACCUCCACCUCUACGACCACCACUAUCAAGUCGCGCAGUGGCUGGUGCACGACAGUGGCUUGGAAGUAGCGCCAGACGGAAGCAUCGUCCCUGCCACCACCGCUGCAGCACCAGCAGCACCAGCAGCGCCGUCCAAGUCCAAGAACCAGGCAGCCGCCGCAAGACUAUUCUCUGCUGCUCCCACUUACCCCUGCAAUGACGGCCACCUCUCGCACGCCACUGCCGCCGCCGCUAGCUUCCUCUUUGGCAAGCCGCCGCCAACAGCCUCCAGAGGAGACGCUGGCUGGCGAAGCUCGGUGGACCCCUUGGUGCUGACCCACCAUUUGGCGGCGGCACUUGCCCAGCUCUUUCCCUCCCUGGAGUCCCUCUCCUUAUCCGGUCACUGGGACGUCGUACAGUCGCCGCCGCCGCCGCCGUCACCGCCAUUGCUGCCAGGUGCUGGCACCGGCGACACUUGCGGCAGAGACCCAUCAUACGGCGAGGCCACGGGCAGGUACGCCCCUGCUCCUUCAUGUCCACAUCCACGUCCAUAUCAGCUUGAUCCUGCGGAACAGCCUGACGCUGCGGGUUUCGGAGCAACUGCUCCUCACGAUCCGGCUCCGCCCUUAGCAGCCCUAGCGGCCAUGCGGUUUCUACGUCGGUUGGAGCUGCCGGCGGCUUUCGUGUACGACCCGAGUGCCGUCGCGGCGUCGGGAGUUGCGCACCUGGGUGCCAGCAGCGGCGGCGGCGGCGCCAGCAGGGGGGCCGGCGGUUGUCCUUCCCUGGAGGACCUCGUGGUGCACACUGACGCCAUCCACCACUCGCUCCGACAGCGCACACAGCUCGGGUGGCCUCGAGCGCUGCUGGCGGCGCUACCGCAGCUGCGCGGGCUGACGCUGGUCGGAGGCUACAGCCGAGUGGCUCAGGUGCUACUGCCGGGUAUGGAUGGCGGCGGCGGCGGCGCUGCCGCUCGGCCGCUGCGGCUGACGCUGUACGAGCACCUGGCCUUUCUUCAAGAGCCGCUGUCGGCCGAUGCGCUGAUGUACGAUCCCUGGCUUGGCUGGUUGUUACUGCGCGCUACGGCGGUUAACGUGCGCAGGUUGGCGGAUUGCAUGCGGCUCUUCGGCGCGGCGGCAAAAAACGCCGCCGCCGCCGCCGCCGUAGCUGGUGGUGGUGGUGGUGGUGGUGGUGGUGGUCUUAGGCGUGUGGCGGUCACCAAGUUGCUGCUAAACCGCGCCGCAGUGGAAGACGAUUGGCGGCUACUGGAGGGUUUCGCAGACCAACCAGGAUGCUCCAUGAUGGUGCGGGAGCUUUGCAUUACAUAUCCAGAAUGCGGCGACGGGGGUGACGGCGACGGGGGUGACGGCGAUGGUGACGGCGACGGGGCUGGCGGCGGCGUCAUUAUUAGCAACAGCCGACGACCGCGAGGCGGAAGUGGGCUCCUGGGACGAUCUCUGGCGCUGUCGGCGAGUCGCUGUGUACGACUGGAGGUACGGGUGCCGGCAGGGGAAGGCGAGGUGUUGACGGCGGCCGUACGGCAUCUAGGUGAGCUUCCGGCGGACUUGCUGCCCUCUGAGGUGCUGAUAGAGGAGGUGGAGGAGCUGGAGGCGGCGCCGCCGGGUAAUGCAGUGGAGCGGCGGCGGCGGCAGCGGCAGCGGCGGCUUGUGCCGGCGGUGGUGGCGGCGCUGGAGCCGUAUGGACAUUUGCGGCAGGUAGCGCGCGUGGUGGUACGGGCGCGCGAUGACAAUACUGGCGAAUUAGUUGAUUUUACCCUUCCUUAG